UGUGCGCCAAGCACUUCCUUAUAAAAUACAGGUAGCUCGUGUAAAUAAUUAUUUUAAUUACAACAACAACAACAACAACAACAAUAACAAUUACUGUACUUAACAGCAGUAAAAUAUAAAAGUAAACUAUAAAUAAUUACAAAUAAUUAAUUACCGAUCGUGUACUUCGAUUGUUAACUCAGUCGAUUACCAUUCAUUUUUUUUUUGACGUUAAUUAAAUUUAAAUAACGUCUAAAGUGACUCUACUCGAUAAACAUUACGGCAAAAUGAUUAAAUAAAUAUAAAUAAUAAAAGUUUUUAAUAUAAAUAAUUACAAUAAUAAAUACUAAAAUUGGAUACGAGUAAAUACCGGUCUGUUAUUUAAAUAUAUAUAAAAUAUAUAUAAACAAAAUGUAAUGACGGGGACGAGGCUUCGUAAAACGGAGUGGAUAAGGCUCCCGCGAGCUUUGAAGUGAUUGUUUAUUUUCUUCUUUUUUAAUUUAUUAUUUUUUUAUCACGCCAUCAAGAUGAUGGUCGUUCGGCUGGUGCUCACGACGACAUUAUUUCUACUGGUUAUCGGGAAUUCAACGAGUCAGCUGCGGGAUGAACUUGUCGCGACAACUAAAGAUCCUCAGUCGGUUGAUAAAGAUGAAAUACAAGACCACCGACAGAGCAGGACAGCUUCGCACACGGAAUCGCCAACGUUCAAGGCGAAGCGUGAGCAAAUAUUCCGAAAUCGGUUGGCAGCUCGUCGGCGUCAGGCCUUGACGCGAUCAAACAUUUCCUCUAAAAGUCACUUAAAUUCGACUCUACGUUCUAAACCUGCUGCUAACGUGUCAAAAAAUUCCGUGGAUAUGCUCCAAGUCCAAGAAACUAGACACAGCGUCUACGUGACCGCGCCGUCCGAUGACCAGCCUUCGGUGAUUAUUGAUGAUAGUGAUGAUGACGAUGAUGCUGGCGAAGGUAGUGACGUCGAAAGUCACUCAAUGUCAAAACUUUCAACAGAAGAUCGUGCGUCAGAGUCAAAAGAUCAAAAUCACGGGACAAUAACUUCAUCAGCACGUAAUUCAUCAGUAAAAAAUUCAUCUUUGUCUUCUUUACGAAUUCAAAAGAAUGAUGACCAGUCACUGUCUCAGUCUCAGUCUCAGUCAAGACGUAAAAAUACCGUAGUGAUGCCCGAGUCUCUUUACAAUCACUUCCGUCCAGUCGAGAGGAAUAUUCCUAUCGAAGAUAUGACGCAGUUUCGAUACUUCGGUCAAAAAAUACGUCCAGAAAAUACGACGAGCAACAAUUCCGUGGAAGUGACGUCUGUAUCGCCGAGCUCAUCACAAAAUCGUCGACGUUUUUUUGUAAAAGGCUUGAGUACUACGGCAACGCCGUCGUCGGUACCGGGAUUAUCACCUGGCACUGCAAUUCCUAAGCUAGAAGAAAUUAUAAACGAAGAGAUGAAUAUCGCAGUGGAGAAAUCAACCGUUGAGCGCAACAAAAUUCCAAAGACUAAGAAUGUCUUUAGAAGUACGAGUUUGUAUUUAAGAAAAAGUCCAUCUGCAACGUCCCAAGUAUCGGGUUCGCCACAAAUCAGAGCGUCAGAUCCUACGAUUAUGUCAAACAUUAUUGGAACAAAUAGAAGCAUUCACGAGUCGUCCGCUCACGCUACAGAGCAGUUGGUGGUAACAGCCUCGGUUAAAGAGGAGAAGGAAAAGAAAGAGGAAAAGAAGAAGGAUCAGUUAAGAGUUAAUUCAGCCUACCAGAUAAACGUCUCGACCCAGAUUCCUGAGGAGCCACACCAACGCAACCUACUAAGAGUAGGAAAUGAGUUUGAGAGCGAAAUUACGGAUUCCAACGAUGUUACGACUACCAGUUCUUUACACACCCGAGAUUACCAAAGCGACGAGUCCAACAACAACAACAACAACAACAUCAACAAAAAUGACAAAAACAAUGACUCACCGAUAAUAAAAUUUGAGAAGCAACCCAAGAAUUUUAUACGCAAUAAAAAAAGCGGAAUUUCGCGAAUGGACCGACGAGCUGACGAACUCGAUUAUACCACCAGCUCUACCACUACCACCGCAACCGCCACAAAGACAUUAUUCUUUGGCGAUAAAACCGCCGAUGAGCAAAAAAGAUCCCCAGGAAAAACACGCGGGACACCAGGCGACACCGCAGUGCCUUCGGAGUCAUCAUCUGCGCCUCAAGUGCCAGCCGAACCGGCUAGAAUCUCGACAUGGUUGUCCAUCAACUCUGACCCAGUGACACCCUCCAUAGAUAGGAACAAUCGCUUGGCCACUUCCACCACCGAGAGUCCAAUAAGUGACCCCGUCACGGUCCAGUCUCUCCAUCAAUACCAGCAGCAGCAGCAGCAGCAUUCGUCACUUCGCAUAGUUGUAACGGAGCCAGCGGUAUCGGGAAUUGAGUCCGCUGGCGAGCGUAACUAUCAGAGUACCGUUAAGACGGGAAAUUCGUCUCAUUCGGAGAGCUCUGAGGCGAAUGCCUUAGCGGCUAGAGAUCUUACCGAGAGGCUCAUUGCCUCGGGGGACAUUAUUACAACGACUUUAGAGACAUUAACAUUAACAACCUCGGCAACAGGUACAGACACUGGUACUCUCGAGCCAGCAACAGGUAUGCCGGUAAAUGAAGAACAAGUAGUAGAAGCACCUGUUGCUUUAGCACAGCAGAUGCAACACCCGUAUGCCUACACAAUCACAAACAUAACACGGCUGCUGGGCAACUACUCCGGGCACGGACCUGGGUCAAACGACAAAGCAUCGUCCAGUAGUAGCACGCCGACGACAUCAACGACGAGCACGACAACAACAAAGUCCACUACGUUGACGUUAAAAGAACAAGUAAAUUCAUCGUUUUCUUCUCCUUCUACCCAUACCGCAGCACUCGGAGCUCUAGAGUCGACGCGCACGCCCGGCCCAGUCAGUGUUGGUCCGACUGCCGUUGAAUACAGUGCUACAAGUCCGAGGAGCACCAGUAGUAGUAGUAGUAGUAGUCCACUAACCAGCGGCACCAGUAACACCAGUCCGUUGGUGGGAGAACGCGGUAGAAAAGGUACAACUUUACAGCAACGCGUCGCCACAGUUCACCGCAACACUUCGUACGAGAAUACGGUUGAGGCUACAACUCUCAGAGCUAUCACGACAACUGGCACCGAUACUGCUACUGAUACUGAUACUGACACUGACACUAAUAUUGACAUUAAUACCGAAGAGUCUUCCUCAUUACUCAGAUGGAAUUACACGUCAACGACUGGUGAAACUCUUGCCGGUCGUCAAAAGGAAGUUAUUAAUGACCGAAGGUACUUGAGGAAGUCUGCCAGUGCUGUGUUGAAUCAGAGAAUCAGUGCGGACGAGUCAAUCAGGGAUUUUAAGAGACGUCGCAGUGACACCAGGAGUAGUACCAGCAGUAGUAGUAGUAGUAGCAGUAGAAUUAAAGGACGUGUUGAUGAAAGAGUCGCCGGGUCAAGAUCCAUUGACGCUAAAGAUGAGCUGAUUGACUUGGCUCACGAUAACAAUAAUAAUAGAAGCACAGUAAACAUUAAUAAUACUGACACCAUGGGGAAAUCUGGCGUCAACUCGAGUCUGUCUGCUGAAAUGGUUAAUGAAGCGUCGAAAGUGAUUGAUGACCCGAAGCCUCAAGAUGCUGCAACCAGUAGUGACAAAUUGAACUUUAGCACGGAUCCACCGAGUGCGAGCAAUGUCGUUAAUGAUAGUAAUAGUAAUAAUAGUAAUGUGUCGACUAGUGAUCGAGUAAUUGAAACUGGUGAUAAGUCAAAUGACUACAAAAUGACCUCGACGAAACCAACAACUGAGACAGUGACAUCUAGGCCAUUAACUAGCACAUCUAGCACAGUGACGACGAUAAAAACACCAAUGGCUACGAGAGCAAGCCCAGUUUUUCCGGUGACCCCGAUGCUUUUUAACGGAACGAACAAGGUCGCCAAAGAAGAAGAUGGAGAAAAAAUAGAGUCGAAUACGGAAAGUCCAAGGAUACCUGACAGGCCGUUUGGAAUCGCCAAGGAUUUAGAUCCUUCGGAAAUACAGAAGAUGUACCGGUCGCAAACAACCUUGAAACCGGAGCCGGGUAUGACGACACUUCCGCCCGAGGUCUUGAGGUCCAACACAGUGACCUCUCAACCGAAAAUGGACACGACGAGCAAGAAACUGAGCAGUGAGAGGUCGCCGGAGGUGAGGGCGAGAAAUCUCUCGGACAAGACCAAGGACAAAGACGACGUGUUGCCUAUAAUGCAUCUCUACAAUACUUCGAACAUCUUCAACGGGACGAUGAAGGACUUGGAAGACGUGCAGACAGAUCUCCCAGUGGCAAAACCAACUGCGGAAGCAACGACACUCAGUCCGAACCCCGAAAUUAACGCAAAAAAUUUAAACGCGACACGCUCCGAGAGCAAGGAACGUGACCAAGUUCCUGAUUCCAAAGAUGUCAAGAUUGGGAGCGUGUUGAAGGGCAAUAAAAGUCGGCAAGAAGUUAACCGGGAAGCUGGUAGUCAAAAUUCCACCGCGAAAUGGCCGAAUACCUCCUCGUCCCCGUCUUUGUCUUCGUCAGCGAGCAACAGAACGAGGCACCGGCCGAAUUAUUACUCCGGGCCACCAGAGUCAAAUGGCUUUCACCCAGAAUUAAAUUCAACUUUUUACGAACCCGGAAUUAUUCCAGUUACACCGCGAGAUCCAAUUAACAUCAGUGAAGUCAUCACUAAACGUCACGACGGCGACACUUUGGCAACUCAGGAGACCGUCGUUAUCGUCAGCUACAUCCUCGCCAGUCUCGUUUUCUUCCCAAUUGUCGUCGGGGUCGUGCUAAUCUUCAGAAGACUGAUAAUUAAGAAUCGCAAGGUGCUGGAGGAGUCUGACACAUCAUCAGAGAUAAGCUGCAGGAAGGAUGCGCUGAAUCUCGAGAAUGGGGACUUCAAGACCUCGAUCGAAAAAGCGAUAACGAAAUUGCCGAGGAUACAGCAUCUCUGUCAUGAAGCCGAGAAACCGGCGCCUCCAGCGAAACAGGAGUCGCGAUGGGAGUUCCCGCGUGAUAAACUACGGCUUCAAACAGUUCUGGGACAGGGUAACUUUGGACAGGUCUGGAAAGCUGAGGCCGAUGACUUGACCGGUCACAAGGGAACCACCAGGUUGGUUGCCGUCAAGACUGUCAAAGAAGGAGCCUCCGCUCGGGAAAAAGAAGACCUCGUAAGAGAGCUAGAGAUCAUGCAGCAGCUGGGGAAUCAUCCCAAUGUUGUCACUCUGCUGGGCUGUUGCACUGAAGAAGAACCGCACUACCUAAUUCUCGAGUACGUAAUGUAUGGGAAAUUGCUGGCGUACUUACGGGACCAUCGGACAAGACAAGAUUUUUAUAACUUUAGCGAAGAUUCAGCAGCAUUGACCUCCCGAGACCUCACGGUGUUUGGAUACUGCGUCGCUCGGGGCAUGGAAUACCUCGCAUCUAAAAAGAUAAUACACAGGGAUUUAGCGGCACGUAAUGUCCUGGUAGAUCACAAUAAAUUAUGCAAAAUAGCAGACUUUGGGAUGUCGAGGUUCGCAAAUGAAGAUGGCGAAUGCAUUGAAACACGACAUGGAAGAAAUGCUCUGCCAAUCAGAUGGAUGGCUCCCGAGUCAUUGAUUUAUUCGUUAUUUACAACUAAAACCGAUGUAUGGAGUUUUGGAAUUCUCAUGUGGGAAAUAGUAACUCUUGGCUCGACGCCCUAUCCAGACAUGGCUGCUAGAGAGGUUAUGCGAAAUGUACAAGAUGGUUACCGGCUCGAACGACCAUCGCACUGUCGCAGCGAACUCUUCAGGGUAAUUGCGAGAUGUUGGCAUGCUGACCCCGACCGACGUCCAGAGUUUCAGUUACUCAGGCGCGAUCUGGCCCAACUUCUUGAAGACAACAUGAAUGGACACUACGUCGAUCUUGAAAGUUACGCGUCAGAAUGCACAGACUAAUUAAUCAAAAGUGCAGUGCGUGGUAUUUAAAAAUUACCUACUAAAUUAAUUUAAAAAAAAAAAAAAAAAAUAUUAGGCUAGUGAUUUCUACGCCAUCAAAGACACUAAUUUUUUAAAAAUUGAGGCUGACGAGGUACAAAAAAAGGAUUCGGCUUAAAUUAACAUCCGUCAAUUAUCAAUAAUUAUUUUUAUCUACUUAUUAAUUAAUAAAUUCAUACAAAGACGUCUUCCAUUUUUUUACGACUGUCUUUUACUGUAAAUACGAUACGCGGCUCCGAGUCGCAAAUCAAAAAUACAAAAAAAAUGCAAGCAAUUUUAAAAUAAAUUCUCUACAAAUUUAUAUAAAUAUAUAUAUAUAUAAGUUUUAUAUUUAACGUGUGUAUAAACCUAAGGUUACUUCUAAUCAUUCUAGUCUUUUGACGGGCUGGAGUUGAGAUCGGCUUAUCGAAUUUAUUUUAUUGAGACGAGCACAUUUGUGUGAUAAUUAAUUUUAAUUCGUUUAUUUCUAUAAAUUUAUAUAUUAUAUUAUUAAAUAAUUUUGUUUUUAAAAUUAUAAACAAUCAAAAGAUUCGAUACUCGAUUAAAUCUCCAGGUUCGUCAGCUGAUACUUUAUAUAAGUAUUUACUUAAUAACUUUUUAUUGUAAAACUCGAUAUAAAUUUUCAUUGUAACGAAAAUUUAAAUAAAUUUAAAUGAUUAAAUCAUUUU